GUGGACAGAGAGAGUUGCUCAGAGUGAGUGGAAAAAGAAAAAGUCCGUGAAAAGAGAGGGGGAAAAGGAAAAGUGGAUCGUGUUUCUCUCGUCUCGUGUGUUUUGAUUUAGUUGGCAUCGCCGUGUUCAACGUGAAGGCUUGAAUAUGCAACUUCGCAGCGCGUAUAAAGUAAUCAGGAGUUCAGCACGGACACGGUCCUCGUCCAUCGGCACGACGCGCUCCGAUAUCUGACUGCAAGAGAGCGAGUCUCUCCAGCCACAAGACAACAACGAACGUCUCCACGUUGGGAAGGAAAAACAAAACACACACAUAAAACUCCAAACAAACUGUGGGAGUACGAGUAAAGGGGCUGGAUCUGAGCGGAGGAGGAAAAGUUUACACAGGAGUUUUGUGUGCGAUCUUAAACUCAUCGAAAGGAACAGAAGCUAAUUUCAUCUCUCUUUCUCUCACUCUCUCUCUAUCUCUCUCUCUCUUCUUUCUCAGUUAGCACGACUUGCUAACGAAGCGACUAUACUCUCAAACAUGAAGACCCCUGGCGAUACGGGGUUUGCUUUCCCAGACUGGGCGUACAAGCCGGAGUCGAGUCCUGGUUCCAGACAGAUCCAGCUGUGGCACUUCAUUCUGGAGCUGCUGCGGAAGGAGGAGUACCACGAUGUUAUCGCCUGGCAAGGGGAUUACGGUGAAUUUGUCAUCAAAGACCCGGACGAGGUGGCACGACUGUGGGGCGCCCGCAAGUGCAAGCCACAGAUGAAUUAUGACAAGCUCAGCCGAGCGCUCAGAUACUACUACAACAAAAGGAUCUUGCACAAGACCAAAGGGAAAAGAUUCACCUACAAGUUCAACUUCAACAAGCUGGUGAUGGUCAACUAUCCAUUCAUUGACAUGGGCUCUGCAGGUUCUGGUGUUCCACAGAGUGCUCCACCUGUUCCAUCCGGCAUUAGCAAUCAUUUCCGAUUCCCACCAUCCACCCAAUCAGAUGUCCUCUCUCCCAGUGAGGAACUGCGUAGUCCAGGUGUCUUCAGUGGUGUGACUCGACGUAUGGCUCGUGGCUCUGUCUCAGACUGCAGUGAUGGCACCUCUACCAACUCUGAGCUUGACGAAACAGGCAUAGCUGCCGGUGAUGACCGCCCAUCCGACCGGGUCUUCAGAAACCUUCUCCACCCGCGACUGUCCCAUGACUCGCUGUUCCGCGUCUACGGUACACCACCCAACCCAACAGGGCUGUCCAGAAGUGGGCCCCAUGCGCCCCCUCACAGGGUACACCAUGAACCCCUGUCCCCCUUCCCAGUGUCCCCUCUCCCAGGCCCUGGAGGCUUGUUGGCUCCUGCUCUUUCUCCAGCUCUCUCAAUGACCCCCACAUCUCACAUGCCCUACACGCCAUCCCCAUCCCUGUCACCCAUGCUGGGGUCCCAUUUCUCGUUUAAUCCAGAAGACAUGAAGCGCUACCUGCAAGCUCACACUCAGAGUGUCUACAACUAUCAUCUGAGUCCCCGUGCAUUCCUCCACUACCCAAACAUUGUAAUCCCCCAGCCCCAGCGCCCAGACAAGGGGCUAGGAGGUCCUUUAGGUGUAGGUGCAAACCUACAAUGUCACCCUCUGCACUACCAGGCUGAGGAUCCUCAUCUAUCUCCUUUCAAGUUUAAACUACAGCCACCACCUCUGGGCCGCAAACAGCGAGAAGGGUCAGCCUCAGCUGGAGCAAACUCUGGAGGGGCAGCUGCUUCCUUCUCAUAUAUUGGUGAGCCUGGUUCUGCUUCUGGGCAGGGUUCAAACUCUUCCUCAUCUGGAAUGAUGAACUCAACCCUGGUAGUGCCACCAAAGAUCAAGGUUGAACCCAUCUCAGACAUGGAGUCAGAGGAAGAAGUUGAGGUCACCGAUAUCAGUGAGGAAGAGCAUGAAGACGAUGAAUGUGAUGUCUUUUCCCCUCCUCAUACCAACGGUGGCCCCGCCCCUCCACCCAACCACAAUCGAAUGACCGAUGAUGACGAUCUUGAGGAAGAUGUCUUCAAGACUCCAGCUGCCCCUACCUCUGGGAUCGGCCCGACACUUCUGGGUCUUAAAGCAGAACCAAGAGAGCUUAACCCAAGCCAGGGCGCUCCCAUCAGUCCCGGAGGUACACUCUGCAUCCCUCUCAAGCUGCGCUUUAAACGACGCUGGAGCGAAGACCAGCGAAUGGAGGCGGGAGCUGAAGAGGCAGAGGACAAGAAGAGUAGGGCCGAGAGGGAGGAGCUUACCCAGGAGGCCGCGCCUAAACUGGGGGAGGAAAUUGGAUACCAGAAGAGUCCAGAAUGUUUGGUUGCACCUCUUGGGACGGGCCAGAGGAGGGUGAGCUCUGAGCUGCAGCGAGCAACCGCACAGCUGUCUUUAGAAAACAAUGUUUGCUAAAGAGACACGGUCAGAUAAAUGUACCUACACAGAGCAGUCGUCCUUAAGCUCAAUGCUUUCGUAUCGACCACAGAAGUUACACGCAGAUCCAUCUAACCAUGCAACAGCUUAAGUCCAUUCGACUUGGAAGCCCAAACUAACAUUUAUACUGCUGUAAUUAAAGGUUUGCUUCAAAAUAUUGUGACACUAAGAAUUAGUAAUACUGACAUCUUCUCUUAUGAAUUUUAAGUAACAGGACACCUCCCCCAAAUUUUGCCAGAGCCCCUCCUUUACCGAACUCAUUACUUCUUGAUUGCUGUGUAGACUAACGCCAUCCCACCAUCCUGAGUUCUUUUUUGCUCUGGCUUGGGGUUCAACUCAAGGCCUUGAAAACAAAGUCAAGCGAUUACAGAAGUGCCUGAACCAGAUGUUGAUGCACACCUGUAAAAUAUGGGUUGUGAUUAUGUGAUUGUGAAUUGGUCUCCUCAACAUCUUGUUUCCCCUUUGUCAUUCAUGCCCAUGGAAAUUUGGAUCACAGUCCAGUGGACGUUAUCUAAUUUUAAGCAGACAUUCUUGGAUAAAGUGAAAAGUGCAGGAGGAUGCUGGCCGCCCCCUUCAAACUUGAUCAUAGCCCCCCCACCCCCAGACAUUCACAGAACCACCUUGCCUUUCGUUCUCAAAUCAGGACCUUCGUGUUGUGUCACUGCCUUCAGAGCAGUUAAUGCUUGAGUGCUACCAGUGAAAUGCUGCCUUUGCUGCCAUAGUGUCCAACCAAGGCUUAAGACACCAGCUUUGCUAGUUGAACAGCAAGUUAUACCUUCGGCUUAUGGGACCACUCAACAACCUCUUAACUUAUCUUGUACAUGUAUAUAUAAUGGGGAUUUGUUUUAUAUACACUAGUCUAUCUACAUGACCACAAGCUGGAAUACAAAUUAUGGAUUGCAUAUGAUUAUUCCUUCUCCACCUUUUGAUGUUAUUUUCUUUUUUUUAUAAUGCAGUUUUAACCCAUUUUGGAAGCAAGUAGAAGGAACACUGGGGCAUCAUAUAAGUGGGUUCAGGUGCUUUAAAAGCUAUGAAUGUGUUGCAGUGAACGUAUGGUUAUAGUUUAAAUGUUUAAUACUGACUAAACACAUUUAUAAAACCCAAUACACCCCUGUCUUUCUUAAAGGCAGAAAAUCUCCAUUGUUUGAGCAUAAAUCUCAGGCAUACCUCACCAUAUACCCCUUUUCUAUUACAUAGGUCAUCUUUGAAAAUGAAGCCUUCUAAAGAACAAAGAAUUGUGCCUUUUUAUGUACAAACAGAAGACUGAAUGCCCAAUACUUUUAACUAGGUUGCUUCAUUUUAACCACAAUACAUACAAACUCCCACAAAGGAGAGGCCUUAGAAACAUGACCUUAAACACUGCUAAUAUGCCUUUUAGUUUUUUACCUUAAAAUAAAUUAUCCUAAAUAAGAUUGCAUUAGAUUGCAUAUAUUCUCUCACUUAAUUCCAAGAUAGUCGUAUAUAUUUGAUAAAAGAAAAAAACUCAAAAUGUAGGUUUUGAUAUGAGCUAUAUUUCUGAAGGUAAAUCUAUAUAAAAAUCUAAGUAAGCAGAGUUUAGUUUCAGUGCCCUACGGUGCUUUACUUUGAAUGAAAUGUGUUGUUACAGACAAAGCUAAACAUUACUGACCAAUCAUUGAGAACCUUGAGUGGCACAGCUAUUCUUGGCCUUAUAAGGUCUACGUAUAUAGUUCGCUCACUUAGAUCACGCACACCUCCUGCCGCAUUUGCUCAUUUCUCCUACUCUGCCUCUCUGCAGUAUUUUUAGUUGUUGGAGACUGUGUUUAAUUCAACAUGUUUAAGAUUGAACAGGUAUCACUAUUUGGAUCACUCAUACAUGCGAACGUCAACGUCAUUUAAUCACGACUAGCUCCUUUUGUAGCAAACUUUAAGGAUAUCCUAGUAAACAAUGAUGUUGUUUUCUUGAAUGACCAUGUCCUCAAAAAAGGGACCUUGCUUUAUUAAACUGACAGUUUGAAUCGAAGUAAGAGGACAUGCAGACACUUAGCCCUCAUCUGAGGAGGAAAUAUAGGACCUGGCAAACUCAACACUCAUUUCUCUCUCUCUCUUUUAUUUUUUGGGAGUUUGUUCUUUGUUUGGCGGCCUUAAACUGGUUCAGUAUCUGUAUUUCAACUGAUAGCUGCCUUAUUUGUGUUAGAAAAUAUUUUUUCCUCUCUCUUGUCAGUAUAAACUGCUGUUUUAUUAUACUCUUGUUUAUAUGACCAUUUAUCAUUUUAAAUGUUGAUAUUAUUGCUGGUAUUUUUGUUUGUAACCCGUACCCAAAUUUUAGCCUUUCAAAACGAUAAUUUUAACAAAUGCAUUCUCUUUUACCCUCUUUGAUACCACAUUGUAAAAGUGCUCAUGAUUAAUAGUGCCCUGGCUUUGUAUUAAUGCUGGGUUUUUUUUGUAUUUAAGAAAACCAGGUGAAAGGGGAGGGGUGAUGUAAUGCUAUCACAUUAUUUUUAUUUUAUUAUGUCCUUUUUGGUUAUGUGUACAUAUAUAUAUUUUACAUUUUUGGGGAUGAUGUAAGAAAAAGACAAUUAUUUCUUUGUUGUGUUCAAGGUCUCCCACCUUUAUGCUUCUCUCUUCUUUCAAUCUUGGUCUCUCGGCGGUUAUAUAACACUUGUAAAGAGACGAAACUUGACAUUACAAGGAACCAUGUAUACACUUUUUUUUUUCUCAUGUGGUUUCUUUUGCUCUUGUAAUUAAAACUGUAAUCAGGGUUCAUUAAAACAGGUAAA